AUGGCUGACGGUUCGGCUGAGCAGCGCCCAACUGGCGAUGCCCUCAUCACCUCUGAGGACCCUAACCACCCAGCUAACCUGAUUCCGUCACUAUGCGCAAAGUUCUGGACUUUGGGUUGGGUUACUGGAACUGGAGGUGGGUGCUCUAUUCGAGAUGACGAUCUCGUAUACAUCGCCCCCUCAGGCGUCCAGAAAGAGCUUAUGAAGAACACCGACAUCUAUGUCAUGGCCCUCUCCGAGCAGGAUCCAAACCACAACAAGCUCAACCAGCGCACUUAUUUGCGAUCACCUCCCUGCUACAAGCCCUCGCAGUGCACUCCCCUAUUCCUCGCUGCUUUUACCCGUCGAGGAGCUGGCUGCUGUAUUCACACUCACUCGCACUGGGCCGUGCUAGUCACUCUCCUGCUUGAGACUCAGGGUCCUGGUAAAGACCGCGUGUUCGAGAUCAACAACAUUGAGCAGAUCAAGGGUUUUGGUCGGGGCAUGAACAAGACGGGCAACCUGGGCUACCAUGAUACCCUUCGCAUCCCCGUCAUCGAGAAUACCCCCCACGAGGAGGACUUGACUGAGUAUCUUGAAGAGGCGAUGGAGAAGUACCCCGACACAUAUGCUGUCCUAGUCCGUCGUCAUGGUGUCUAUGUCUGGGGUGAUAAUGUUCACAAGGCCAAGACUCAAUGCGAGAGUCUCGACUAUCUUUUCCAGCUCGCUGUUGAAAUGAAGAAGCUCGGCCUCCCUUGGAUCAGCGAGGUUGCGCAGAUCGCUCCCCAACGAACAUAG